UCUUCUACCCGUAUUGCGUAUUCGCAUUCGUUGGCGAUCUCCCACACGAUGUGGCGAAUUGCCAUAUGUCCAACGCUGUAAGGCAUUCGCCACAUCGUGUGGGAGUGGUUUAACCACAACCCUUAUUUUGUCAUCUUCACAUCUUCUAAAAUGUCAUCGACAUUUCGGUUGUCACUUGUGACAUUCUCACUUUUUGACAAAUAGUAAAAUAUACAGGAUGGUUGAUGAAGGUACACGACAGACUUUAAGUAAAAUACCUUUGUUAAAAACAAAGGCAGGUCCCAGAGAUAAAGAAUUAUGGGUACAAAGGCUUAAAGAAGAAUACCAGUCGUUAAUAAAGUAUGUUCAAAACAAUAAAGAAGCUGAUAACGAUUGGUUCAGAUUAGAAUCUAACAAGGAAGGCACAAAAUGGUUUGGAAAAUGCUGGUAUAUCCACGAUUUGCUCAAAUAUGAAUUUGAUGUGGAAUUUGAUAUUCCAGUGACCUACCCCACAACUGCUCCAGAAAUAGCACUGCCAGAGCUUGAUGGAAAAACAGCAAAGAUGUAUCGGGGCGGGAAGAUUUGCCUGAGUGACCAUUUUAAACCUUUAUGGGCCAGGAAUGUCCCUAAGUUUGGAAUUAGUCAUGCUAUGGCUCUAGGGGUAAUGUUUGUUACUUUAUUAAUCUGAAAAGUAUACAAGUAUACAUUUUAUUAAUUCCUUCAACAAGUGGUUUUUUGCAUGGGAACAAUAAUCAUGAUAACCUUUUAUCUUCUCUGUAUAAUUAGCAAUGCAUAUUUUAUUAAUGACAAUACACAUUUUCUUUCACACUAUUAUCAGUCCUGACAUACUUCAAUCAACAAUGACUGUGACACAAAUAUUUAAAUAUAACAACCUAUGUUUACACACAUUUUUCUUGCAUGUCAAUAAAUGCCAGUUACCAAGUGUACAACAAUUUUAUUUGCAGCUGGGUCCAUGGUUAGCAGUAGAAAUUCCUGACCUUAUAGCAAAAGGAGUGAUAUCAUACAAAGAAAAAACUGGAUGACUGUUGGUGCUAAAAUUAAUAUUACAAGGAUAGAAAAUAUUAAAAUAUUUUUUGUAACUGAACAUUGAUGAAAUGACCCAUUGAAUGGGAAAUAUUAAUGUUGAUAUUAUGGAUGUUUAUGGUGAGGCAUGCUUUGUUUUCAUUUAUCUUAGAUUAUGACUGUUCAUACAGUUAAGUAACAACUUAAUGGCUGAAUCACAUUAAAUAGGAUUGAUAAGUCAAAUGAAGUGUGUCUAGCCAAAAAUUAGUUAUCAAAGUUUAUAUUUUUGCCAUGUUCACUUAGAUCUUUGUUCACUGAACUUUUUAUAAUAAUAUCUUUUACAGAAUGUGUGAUUUUUGAUCUUAACCAGAAUCAUGAUUCUCUGUUUGGAAACAUUGUGAGUUCUAGAGGAGGAAAUAAAAAAUGGAGUCUGGUGUCCAUCCCAUUUGGAGUGGCCAUUAAUAUCCUUCAAACCCACUGCUUGAAAUUUGUCG